AUGGAGGCGGACAAUCAACAGGACGACGACAUCAAGGAGUCGAUGAGCGACGUGGACGAUGACAAGGACAACCAAAAGCAACAGCAACAAGAUCAACAGCCUACUAUAGUGCAAGUUCAUAAUGGCCAACCUCAAAUUAUCACAUUGGCCAAUUUGCAGAAUUUAUUGCCUGUGCAACAAUUACAACAGUUAACUCAGAACCAACAAAAUCAGGGUAUAAAAACCAUAACAUCAAAUGGCCCAACAAUACAACCAAUAUUUUCAGUACAAGGGUUGCCUGGUCAAUUUAUUCAGCAAAAUAAUCAAACAAUAACUGUUGAUGGACAAGAAGCAUUGUUUAUACCUACAAAUUCUAACCCUGGUCAAGGGGCGCCUACUAUAUUUACACCUACUGGACAAAUAGUCCGACCAUUGCAAACAAUACAACUUCAAUCAGGCCAAAAUAUUUCUGUACGACAAUCAAAUAUGCCACAAGUAGUACAGUUGCCGUCCGUUCAGCAAACUAUACCUGUUCAAGUUCCAAUAUCAUCAAAUGGUCAGACUUUAUAUCAAACAGUCCAUCUUCCUUUACAAUCCUUUGCUUCUUCUUUACCGAAUAUCAUACAGGCCAACCAAGGUCAGUUAAUGCAAAUACCUCAAUUGACCCAAAUGACUCAGACACCUCAGAUGGCACAGAUAGUAAAUAGUAAUGGUCAGAUACAGACUGUGCAAAUAGCGUCACCAAUGGGUAAUGGUCAACAAAUACAAAUAGUUAAUACAUCUAGCGCUAAUAAUCAGUAUCAAAAUGCUACUUCUCCAGCCACUUCCCCAAACGUUAUGCAUACAAGCCCAUCACCAAAUUCUUCUUCAAGUAGCAAUGAAAAUAGCCCACAACCUCAACCAGUUACAAUUCAAACCCAGUCAGGACAAACUUUGCAACUCAUACCUCAACAACUAACGCUUGGAAAUAAUCCUCAGCAGUUAACUGUAAUACCAACAUCCAACAUUCCUCAGUUUUUACAAAACAACAAUGGUGUGACUAUCAGGGGAAAUAAUGUCGUGCAGUUACCAGCUUCUCAAAAUUCAAAUCAUCCACAAACUGUAAAUAUUCCUGGGAUUGGAACUGUACAAAUUAUCACUUCUCUUGGUGGGCAAGGUACAUCUAAUAACACACAAACAUUACCUCAAAGUUUGCAAAAUAUACAACUCAUUAAUGCAACAUCUGGUCAACAAUUAGAAAGCAUGGAUCAAAAAUGGCAAAUCAUUCCAAUUUCUGGAACAAUGUUCCAGGAUGGAAGUUCAGUUACUGAAUAUGAUUCUCCGGGAGAAGAAAAGCCCCGGACAAGAAGAGUAGCCUGUACAUGCCCUAAUUGUUGUGAUGGAGAAAAACGAAAUAGUGCUGGUAAGAGGGUGCAUGUUUGUCAUGUGCCGGGUUGCAAUAAAAUGUAUGGCAAAACUUCUCAUUUGCGUGCUCAUCUUAGAUGGCACACAGGUGAACGACCAUUUAUUUGUAAUUGGCAACACUGUGGAAAACGGUUUACUCGGUCAGAUGAAUUACAGAGACACAAUCGAACACAUACAGGAGAGAAAAGAUUUCAAUGUAAUGAAUGUCCCAAGCGGUUUAUGCGAAGUGACCACUUACAAAAACACAUUAGAACUCAUCUUAAACAAAAAAUGAUGGAAAGUAAUGGAGUAGGUGUAAAGCAAGACUCAGAAGUAGAAGUUGAUGAAAUGGGCUUAGAACCCAAACAUCAUAAUAUGAACAACAUCAUUUUAGAGCAAGAUGAUGAUAGUUCUUCAUCUUGUGAAAAUAAAAUGAUUAUUUUACAUGAUGAGAGUGUAUAAUCAUUUUAUAAUUUUAUGUUUUUUCGUGAUUUUUUUUGUUUGUGUAUUAUAUUAUUUUAUUUUAUUUUUCUCAAUUGAUUAGUAUGUUAAUGCUUUUGGUGUAUAUUGUUAUUUUAUAUAAUUAUUCAUAAAUUAUUCAUCAGUUUAUACAUAAAUAAUUAUUGUUAAAAGCCAUUAUUCAAAAUGUGAGUAAAAUACAUUGUACCCUGUAAUUAGUUAUUAACUUUGUG